AUGAAAUAAGAAAAGACUGGUCCCUCUGCAGGGAUAGCUUCUUAGAUUGCUGUAGAUGAUGGUUAUUAAAAUGACUUGGAGAGAUAAUUAUACUAUCUUGGCAUACCAGUUGGUGAGAAAUUACUUGAACUCCUAUUCUAUAGAGAAAAAGGUGGCAUGAAUGGUGCAUGCUAAAAUGGUAAAAGAGAAACAAAAUUAGUAGCAAUGCUGCACUUCAUCAAUAAUAUUCUUUGGAAGUAAUUAUUUGGUAAAACUGCUGAUGGACUUGAAUAAAGUAUAGAAGACGAAGAUGAAUAUAGAAUUUUAGACAAGACUCCUGUCACAAACAAAUUUACAAGUAUGGGAAAAGGCACUAGCUUGAAUUGUGCAAGUUAUAUUGCUGGUAUUAUUGAGGGUAUUCUUAAUAGUGCAAAAAUGACAGCCAAAGUGACUGCUCACUUAUAUGGAGAGAAUGAUGACUAAAAUGUGCCAGGCAGUGAAGAUUCUGGAAGUACAACUAUUUAUGUAAUUAAAUUUGCAAAAGAGAUUAUAACAAUAAUGUAUGCACCAGUGAGAGGAGGAAAUAGAGGUGGUUGGGACUAGUUCAAAUGGGAUGAUGUCCGACUUAUGUCCUACAAAGAUCGUGAAUAAUAUCUUGGUGCUUCAGAUAAAUUAGGCUAUUUAGACAAAGGAGGUAAAUGGAGAAAGAGAGACUGGUGGAUCACUAAUAAAGAAGAUGCAGCAAACAACGAGUAAUUAAGAAGAGAAUUAGAGAUGAUUAGAAGAGAAGAGUAAGCCUUAAUGAGAUAAAAAUUAGGCUUAGAACCUCAUAAAGAAACAAAGCAACUUUUACAAGAACUUUAAAAUGAUGAUGAUGGGUAGGAUAAAAUGCUGAACAAGCUGACAGAAUACGAGAUGAAGGAAUUAAUAUCAAAGAAUGGAGUUUUAUCUCAUUAAAAUUAGGGAUUUGAGAAUGGAGCUGCAGCUGAUGGAUUAACUGAUGAGAGAGAAAUGGCCGAUAGAGUAGGUGGUAUAGGUUUUCAAUAAAGAAUUACUUUGAACAAGAAAUUAAUAGAACUUUAAAAAGAUCCAAAAAGUUUGAAAGAUGAUAAGGAAAUCAAUCAACUUGACGGUGUGGGUACUGAGGAUAUAAAAUAUCUCGAUUAAAGAAAGAAACUAGUAAUGAUCAACUAUUUGAAAGAGAAGUUAGAAUAACAUAAAUUAGACAAAAAGGAGUAAAAGAGGCUUAAGAAAGAAAUGAAGAAAUAGAAAAAAGAGGCAAAGAAACUAAAGAAGGAAUAAAAAAAGAAUAAAAGGCAUGAUUCAAGAAGUAGUUCUCGAUCUUCAGAUUCAAAUGAUAUUAGGGAUAAGAAAAAUAAGCAAUAAAGGGAUGAAAGAAACUCUAGAAAGAGAUCAAGGAGUAGAGAUAACUAAAGGAUAGAUAUGGAGAUAAGGGAAAAAUAAAGAGAUGAAAAAUAGCAUCAUAAAGAAGAAAAUAAAAAAAAGUAUGAAGAUUAAAGAAAAUAUAAUGAUAGGAGAAGAUAUAGUGAGGACAAGAAUUCUAAAAAACAAGAUAAUUAUAGAGAUCGUUCAAAAGAAAUGCAUGCUGAAAGAAAAAAUAAAAAUGCAGUUGAUGAAAGAUAGAGUGGAACAUAACAGCAAUAAUAACUUGUUAUAUCCUCCCACUCACCAACUGAAAAUGACUAAAGAGAAUUCCUUAAAUACUAUAUUGAUGAUUAUCUUACCUCGUAGGGUAUAAUUCCAAAUCAAGAUGAAAUAGAUGAAAUGGAAAGUGUACUUUUCUCAGUAAGUUUUGGAAAAUAGGAGUUUCAUAAGAAAGUUACUUACCAAGCUUUCUCUGCUGCAAUUAGUAGUCAGUAGCAUGUUUAAAUGGUGAUUCAAUUUAUAAAUCGAAAAGAGAGAAUCAAGCAAGCUAAAUGCAAAAUUCUAGCUUAUAGAGUAAAUCAAAAGUAAAUGGGAGGAUAGUUGACUGAUUUAGAGGACUAAUUUGAUGGUCAUCUUAAUGGUGGUAAUUCAUAAAGUGAUUAUGGAAACGACAAUAAUGAUGCUUUAUUAACUGAAGGAUUCGAUGAUGCAGGAGAGGAAGGAUCUGGACAAAAGUUACUUCAUUUACUUUAAAAGAUGGGAGUAGAAAACAUAUUGAUAAUAGUCUGUGUUUGGCACUACAGAAUGCAAGGGUAAUUUGGAACAGAUACAUAUCGACUUGUUCUUGAGUCUGAGAAAACGUAAUAAGAGCAAGCUAAGAUGAGCUAAUUAGUACCUUAUGUUGAACCUUAGAGAGGUAGUAAAAUUAAAAGCUUGAAGGGUAUUAACGGAAGGCAUGCUUUGUAGUCAGCUGGCCUUGAAGUGACUACAAAGGUAUAUCCAUCAUCAGUUAUCCCUGAUAAAAAUGAGAUGAAUAUUAUGACAACUGUUUAAAGAAAGAAUUAUCGACCAAACAACUUUUUAACUGAAGUGCCAGGAUAUAUUGGUAAUAGACAUAGCAUUGGUUUAGGGGUAUUGCUUGGAAAAAAUGUUUAAGAUGAUGAUGAUGAUUAGCUUGAAAUAGAAUUAACAGAGGAUGAAUUUAACUAUGCAGUUAAGAUGACAGAACAUUCAAUAAGAAGAUUAACCAAAGCUCAUAUCAUUGAAUUAAGAAAUCAAGUUAAGCCUCAUCCAUUAAUUGAAAAAGUAAUGAAUAUGGUCUGCAUUCUUAGAGGUUGCAUUGCUCCAAACUGGACAGUAGCAAGAGAAAUGAUGUCAUCUAUGACAUUUAAGAUGGAACUGAUGCUAAUGGAUGUUUGUCAAAUAAAACACAGCCUAAUUAAAAGAGUAAUUAAGAUUCUAAAUAACAACUAAAAACAACUUACCCCAGAUAAUCUUAGCUAGUUCUCUGAAGGAGCAACAAUUCUUCUAACUUGGAUAAUUAACUUAGUGAAGUGGAAUGCAGGUCAUACUAAAUAUAAGUUCGAUGAAAACGCUCUUGGAGGUCAUAAAAUUAUGAAUCAUGCAUUAAUUGCUAGAGGAGAUGAUUAUGAAAAUCAUUAAGAUAUUAUAGAUCCAAUUGAUGCUGAUUAAAAGGCAAAUACUUAUGGUCUAAUGAUUGGCCCUAAAACUUUCAACAAUUCAGGAAACAGACUUGGGUAGAAUGAUAUGUCUGGUUAAAAUAAACUUCAAAAAGCUAAGAAAUAGGUUGGUGCGCAUAUUAAUAUUCAUAACACUACUCACUAAAAGCCAGGCAUUUUCAUUUAAUCUAAGUAAAUGGUAUUCGGAGCUUCUUAGAAACUCUAACCUAAUCACAGAGGUGAUUCAUAAUUGUCAUCUAAAUAUCAUUAGUAAAGCUCUUAAUUUGAACAACUUGGGGCUUAGACCUUAUAAAACCAACUUGUGAAAUAAUACCAAAAUCAACAGAAUAGUAAUUUGAAUGAAAAGCAAUAAAUAUAAAAUAUGAUCGAAUUGCUAGAAGCUGAUAAGAAAAAUAAUUGGGAAGAGUUGAGGCAACGCAUUCCUGAAAAUGAAGAGGAAAUUCUAAGAUUCCUAGACACAGCUGUGCUAGAAGAAUAGCCUACCGAGGUUCUGGUUUAAUUAGCCUAGAAACUCAAGGAAAGAAGAACUAAAUCAAAUUUAAACGACCAAUCAUCAGCUAAUGAUCUUGGCUUGAGAGACCAAGAAAUAGAGGAUCUACUUGAGAAAGCUUAGAAUAAUCUCUUUAGAGAGGAUCUUUUUGUUGAUUAUGUCGAAAGAGAUGAUGAGGACACUUCGAGUAAUUAACCUUCAAUAAAAGCUAAGAAAAAUGAUAAAUUGCCACCCAAGUACAAAUAGCAAUUAAGAGAAGGAGUAAAGCAUAUGACAAAAGUUACCCUUGGAGAAAAAAAAGAUCUGAAUGGUAAAUCUGCAUCCAAAUUGAUGAAAAACCUAAUAUAAGAGGAUUAAUUGCACAAACUUAGAAGAUUAGAUCAAUUAAAGAACAUGGAUGAUGAAUUGGCUAAAAGGGAUGAUUUAGUAAAGGCUGAGAAAUUGAUAACAGAUGAGAAGAAGUGGUAUAAAGAAGUUGUUUAAAAGAUUGAUGUUGUACCUGAAGAAGUUGAUUACUAUGAGAAACUUGCUGUCAAACCUGGAUUUGAUUUCAUGUAUGCCUUGAUUAAUUGUGAGAAAUAGCACCUUGAUUAGUUAAGAGUUAAUAUUCCAGAUACUCUAUACUUCAACUACUAGACAUACCUAAUUUCAACAGACAACAAAGGUUAUGUUACAAUCAAGCAAAGUCCAAAAUCUAAAGAUUUCUUAGAUCUUAUAGAAUCAAGAUCCUAAUAUGAUAUAGUGAAAAAUUGGACUGAACCAGCAACUGUACUUAGAAAAGCAACUGGGCACCCUUGCUACCAAACUGUUAAUCUCUUUAAUUGGAAAUAAACUUAUGAGCACAUUAGGAAUGGACCAGCAAAUAGAACAAUGCUUUAGAGAUAUUAGAAAUCAUUUGGAGAUAAACUAACUCUUUACAGAGCUUGUGUUCAUCCUGAGGAGAUGGUCAAUUCUAAAGGCUCAGGAAAAUACAACUUCUGCUAUGCUAUCAAUAAUAAAGUUUCAUUUAGAACCAUGAUUGAUGAUAAUGAUAAAAUAGUUGAAGAAUUCGAAUAAUUAAGAAUGAAAGAGUAGUAGAAACUUCCUACAAGUGAAGACAGUAAAUCACCAAGGAAGCUUAAUAAUAGAUUCGAAAACAGAUACCUACUUUGUCCAUUCGAAGUAGGUUCAUUUGAUGUCUAUACUUAUACUGGCAAAACAAUGUCGAUGAUUGAGAAAGAAGCUUAUAAAAUAUUUAAUUUUAUGGAAAAGGCUUUUGAAAUGAAGGUAUUAAAUGUUGUUACGGAUUGGAUAAGAGAUGAAAAAGUACAGUGCUUAAGAUGUAGAUUACAUUUUAAACCAUCGUAGAUUGAGUAGUUUGUAUUUAGUAAGGCAGAUUUCAAAAUGAUAAAAUAAAUACCUUUGAUUGCUUAAUAAGAAUGGGUUAAAGGAGCUAAAAGAUACUUAAUUGAUAAUGAAAUUGAUUAGUAUUUUUUCUGCGAGGUGUGUUAUAGUUUCGUUUGGAGAGAUGCUGAAUAAUUUGAGGAUUAAUUAAAUCUUGCUUAUUUAGAAUACAUACCUGCAGACUAAGAUCCUAAUUUAAUAAAAAAAGUAAAAGACCCUAAAGAAAAAAAGUAAAAGAUAAAAACACAGCCAAAAAAUAUCAGAAAUAAUCAAAGAUUCCGUCCAAAGAUGUAUUAAUGGAGGAUUGCACUCAUCGCUCAUAAAAUGAUUGUAAUAUUUUCUUGGAAAAGUAAAAAAAUUUAGGAUGUUAAUCCAAAGUUACUGGAGAGUAAAGGACAUCCUGUAUAUUUAUAGUAUAAAUUUGGUGAAUAUAUCACUAAAUUUUAACUUUCAAGUUCAGGGUAGCCAAUCAAAUACAUUUUUGAAAAAGUUAAGUCAUAAGCUAAAUACUCUAAGAAUCAGCCAUAUAUCGUUGCUGAAACAGAGGCAUAUUAGGAUGAAAACGGUAAUCCAGUAGAAAUUGUAUUGAGUCAGAGAGAACUAGUUAGGGUUCUUAAGAUUAACAGGUCAAACUAUCAAAAAAAUGAUCUUUCACAUUUUUUCAAUAACAGUGAAUUAGAAUUCAGAGUUACAAUUGGUUCUAAUUGGAAUAAUUAUGUAGGCUGCUGUAAAGGUUCCUUUUUAAACUUCUUUACAUCAGUAAAGUUUAACAGGGGUACUGAAUCUCAUUUUACAAGAAACAUGAUUAUGUUUACAGAUGACAUGCAGGGAAUAAAUCUAAGAAUGACAAUAGGAUUAUGUCUUGAUAAUGAGUGUGACAUGUCUGAACUUGGUGAAAAAGACUUGAGACCUUAUCUCUAGCAAGUAUAUUUACCACCAGAAUCAUACUUCCCUAAGGAACUAGCACUAAAUAGUUUGCCUUAAUAAUGGAUGAAAUUAAUAAGAGAGGAACCAGGGACUAUUCAUACUGUCCAAGAGAUAAAAGAAGUGGUUAGUCGAAAGUUAUAUCACCCUGAUGGAAGGCCAUUUACUAAGAUGGAUUAUUAUCGAGUGGAUAAAUAUGGCAAUAUAGAAAACAAGCUUCAUGCUACUACUGUUGCCCAAAGAGCAGCUGGAAAAUAGGAUGAAGAUUAAAUUGUUAAAAGUGAAAGUUUAAGAAACCGAAGUGCUGGCACUCCAUAAAGAAGAGCCUUGUCCAUUCCUGAAUAGAUUAAACAAAUUUAAGAAAAAAAGAAAUUCAAAAAACGAGCUCUAGUAAUGCCUAGUUAAAAGGUUGCUUUCUAUAAAAAGAACAAGCUCGCCUAAAAUAUUUAGGACUAAACAGAGAAAAAAGAGGAAGAAGAUUUGGAUAAAUCAAAAGAUUCUGUUUAGAUGGAGUAUAAAAAGGAAAAGUUUAAGCUAAAAGAUUUAUUUUAGGAUGAAGGAAUGUAUCAUUCUAUCAGUGAACAAAUGAGAAAAUCCUUUACUCUACUAAAAUCAGCUUCAGUAGAUUAUGAGAUGCAGUAAACAGAAGCUGCAUUGAGAGAAUUAGACAAUGAUGCAAGGUUUAACUAGAGUGUAUUUGAUCCAUAGGCUUUAAAAAAGAUAGAGAUUAAAAACUUAAGAAUUGUGGACCCUUCAAAUAAGGAGAUAUUGAAAAUUAUAAAACAAGAAAAAUUGGAAGAAGAACGCAAGUAAAAAGAACUAGAAGAAUUAAGAUUUCAAGCAGGUUUACCUCCUCCUGGUCAAAGAAGGGGUAAAACUCAAGCAGUUUAGAAAAUAAUAAUGACUAGGGAAAAGAGAAAAUCUAAGAAAUAGUUAGAUGAAGAGAUAAAGAAAAAACUAGAGGAGGAACAUAAGAUAAGAAAAGAAAAAGAAGAUAAAAAAUUCGAAAGGAUGAGAAAAGAUUUGGACCAAGAAAUGCUUAGAAAUAUUAGAGGAGUAAGCUACGCCAGAUUUACUUCUAUAUGA